CUCCCGGUGUACCUCUCCAACGAACUUGAAGGAGUACAAAAGCGGGCUAUGCACAUCAUUUUUCCUCUUUGCUCAUACAAUGAGGCCUUGGUUGAAUCAGGCCUAACUAAACUUUCAGACCGCCGCCAGGAACUAGUUGACAAACUAUUUAAGAACGUUUUACAGAACGAACAGAACAAGCUCCAUGAACUUCUUCCUGCUCGCAACACAUGUACCUUUAACCUAAGAAAUAUGCCGAAGUUUAAGCCAGCUUUUAAGACAAACAGGUUUCGUAGUAGUUUUAUUACCUUUAACGCCCUUAAGGCUUGAACGGUUUUGGUAGAUUUUUAAACCUCUUAAAUAUAUACUUUUAGAACAUAUAUAUGAUGUCCUUAUUUGCUGUUUUAAAUCACUUGUAGUCUUUUUAAUGUAAUUAUCAAUAUUCAAUUUUUUGUAGAUAAUCGUAUAAUUCAACACUAGUAAUAAGAAUGUAACAAUACACUAAUAAUACCUUAAAUAUUUGGGCAGGGACACUGCAACAGCUAAAGCCAAUUACUGCAGACCCAAAAAAUAAAAGGAUAUAAAAGUAGCAAUUUAAAUCAUAUGCAGCAGCUAAUUUCUUGGUCUAAAAACCUGGCUGUGUUACAUUUCAAGCAAAUACGUUUGAAGCUAGUAGAGGGAUAAUGGGGGUUCUGGGACAGAGGAUCCGGCAAAUCAAAAAUCCCAUACAAAUCCUUCUAAUUUCAGGGACAAAGCAUCCGGUGACCAUAAAGUCCAUUCCAUAUAACCGUCCAGCAUUCCAUGUAAGUGUCCCAUAUAGGGUUCUCAUAAUAGUGAACCUAUCUUAUACAUUCCUUCUAAAUUACCAUGUGUGUAUUUCUGGGACAGAGGAUCCAGUGAAAAUAGGCGGAUCAACAGGAUCCGCCAAACCCCAUAUAUAGACGUCCCAUAUAGGCGUCCAUAUAAGUGUUCCAAAUAGGGUUCUCACAUAGUCAACCUAUCUCCUUGUAAAUUGUGGUGUGUGUAUUUCUAGCGUUGUAGGACUCAGCUGUCACACAUUUCUAAAUUGACAUGUAUGUAUUUUAUUAAGUCAGAGAGACCCGUUGAAGAAAGAUUUCAUACAUUUCUGAGACAGUACAACCCUACAGUCAUAUUUUUUUUUUUGCGCAGUAGGCCUGCUAAUCUAAGAUUGUUUACCUUGUUAGCUGUUAAGUGUACUUUAUACAUUGUACAAUGCCCCAAGACAAAAAAAAAUUUAAGGCCCCAAGGCCCCUAAGGCCCUGAGAAGCUUAUUUGCAAUGCAAAUCUAUAAAUAGAAACCAAUCACUUUUGCAUCACUGCCAUUUGCAUUAAGACUUCAUUACGUCAACAUGCUUUACUGUAACAGACGUGUGUCCUAUCUGUGGAAAGCACGAUUUACUGAAGCUAAGCGAACACUUACAUCAGGUUCAUCAUUUGUCCUGCAAUGAACGACAGCUGUACUUAAAGAACGCUCGUUUUUUUUGUUUUUCAUCGCGAUAUACCCAUGCAUGACUUUGGGGGAAGACAAUCCAUUCACUGCUUUGAUAUGAGCAAACAAUUUUUGAGCCCUGCUCCAAACAAAUCUAUUGAAAAAGGCUACUCAUACUAUAAAAGCUAACGUUGUUUAGUGUUCUGAUAGAGUUCCCAAAUUAAAAUUACUUUGAUUUAGAAGACGUUUUGGUCUUUCGACACUUAAGGUCAACCAUUUCCUCAGCAAUACGCAUAUUCUUUGUUGCCUGCAAAGCUCCAUGAUGCGUUACGUUAAAGGCUUUACAAACAUCUCAGGUCCCCUUACUAUUGAAAAAAUCUCAGAUUAUAUCAUGCACUCGGCAAAAAAAAGAUGUUUUGAACGUAUUGCUUAUAUCGUAAGAUGAAAGCAGAAUUGAAAAGCUAAACAUGAAUUUUUGAAAGCACAUACCUUAAUAAUUUUCGUGAGUGAACUACACUAAACCAUUGUCGUCACCCUGCAAUGAGACAGAGAUGAACCAAAAUAGGCCUUCCUUUCUCAAUCACAAUAGAAGUGUUUCUCGCACAGCCGAAAACAUAACUAUCCAGCAUCGACUGAAAUAACGGAUCAACAUUGCCAAUUCUGGUCAAUUCAGAACGAUUUACUUCUUUAACAAUCUGUUCAAACUGAUUUUCGCUGAAUGAUAAAAUUCAUCAAGAGUGAAGAAGACUAAAACCCGUCUCAUCACCACUGAUGAGACAAAUCAAAAUACUAUUAUCUUCUUCAAUCAACAGAAUUUAUAACAAUAUCCGUGACUAAAAUAACCGAUAAACAUCACCACUUCCCUUCAGAAUGAUUAGUUUGCAGACAGUUUAUCGGUUUCUUUAACCAAUCUGGUUGACAUUUUAUUCACCUGUUUCAAUGGUUUGCCAGUGUGUUCAGAAAUAUUGCGAAAUUUUGUCUGUGUACACGCAGUACAUUCCAUAUGCACGUGCUCGAUAAAACUCCUUAUUCAAGAUUCAUAAAUCGUAUUUUUCAGUAGAGUGAAGUUGUGAUUGAUUCAAAGAUAUUACACAUAACUUACAAGAGUGGAUUCAAGGGAACAUUUGCCGCUGUAGUACACACGCCAUCUGGUACGAACUUUCAUCUAACGCCUGCUGCAUUAUUCUAUUUAUGCGUACUAGUAAUGACAUUUUGUACUUCCAUGUUAGGUUUCAAAGGUAUUGUAAUGUGACUUUGAGAACAGUGAUACUGAAAAUAGUAAGUUACAGCUAGCGAAAGAAUUUAUUCAUCCGUUUGAAUAAUUUUGAUUAGUCAAACUGUUCAAAUGCUCUGUAUACCGUUCGUUAUCCAUGCGUUUUUCCCAAUCAAACAGUUUUCCAUUUGUGUCUGUUUUGUCUUUCAUGGUCACAUUUUUCAGCUGUGUUGAGAUUCCGGUCAGUGUAAAAUACAGACUGCGGACUGUAGACCAGGGGUAAAAUGCAGACCAUACACAUUGAAAGCUUGGUAAAUUCAGCAUUUAUUUCGACAAUGAAUAAUCUGAAGCUGUAAAAUUAUGACAUAAACAAUUACAAUCAUGUUUCUAAUCUUGAAAGGGAAAUCAAUAGGAAAUGAUCAAAUGAAAACAUAAAUAUGAUCACAGUGUUCUGUCGAAGAAUUGGUUACUUUUGGGCAUCCAAAUACAGAACAUCAAAAGGCAUAUUACAUCAAAAUUACACCUGUAAAUAUCAAAAUCACUUCUUAAAAGUUAACAUGCAGUCUUUUGCAGUCAUAUCAAAUGUCACUUGUCAGUCAACGAUACACUGUCUAACUGAUACCAGUUCGCUGUUUGAAGAAAAAGCAAAAAUGUUAAAAAGUCUGCAGUCCUCAUUCUGCAUUUCGCACCUAGCCUGCAUUUUACACUCAGUCUGCAUUUUACCCCUGGUCUGCAGUCUGCGAUUUACACUGACCGGUUGAGAUCUCUGGAGUACUUAGUGUGAAAUGUAGUGUGAAAAGGAUAAUCAAACCAGUGAUGGGUGUUGAGGGGUUUCAGCACAAUUUUUAUAAAGUAAAAUUUUUAUGCAGCACAAGUUUCAGACUCAACAACAGAUGCUGACAUUCUUGAACUAUCAGCUGUAUCUGCGGGAGAAACUACUCCCUUAUCUGGAAACUCCCCGUCAGAGCAACUGACAGCCAUUCUUCAAUGGUGCCACAUCGACUGUCCAGAUAUAACAUACCAGUAGCUCUACCUGAUCUACAGCUGGAUUCAUCAAGCAGCUCCGCUAAAUCACUGCCCUAAAUGAACUACACCUGUCUGUUCUUCAAAAGGAAAAACUUAAACUUACCUGGAAAUUGACAGUAUACUGUUAUAGAAACAGGAAAUCUUGCUGAGGAUUCAGGAGCUGGGAUCUAGAUCUAAUUUGUUCUCCUAAGAUGCCUUCUCCCACAAUACUGUAAACCAUGGCAAUCCAGUGAAGUGAAUAAUUUACGUGUCAUUCAUUAUAUGUGUUAACUAAGCCAUAUUUCCUCAUUCUUCAGAGUGGUGGAAAUGGAAGUUAUUAAUUCAUCAGUGAUAGCGAGUAAAAAACUGCCAUGGUUUCAAUUAAAGGUCUUAUAAACCUAUUGAAAUAUUUUCUGCCGUGUACCCUGACCAUAUCUUUUAUACCCUGAUUAGGCAAUGAAGUUGGCUAGAAUGAAUGCAUGGUAUGAAUCCACAAAAUGGUCUCUUUUAGCAUCUUGCUGGCCUUGAAGUUGAAAAUUAAUCCUAUUUAUUCUGAGCGUAGUGACUUUAUAAUCUCAUCGCACAUGCACAGUCUGCUAACCACGCGUGGUCUUAGCCAGUUGCAAAAUUCGAUGCCCCGUAAAUAAAUCUAUGAAUAUAUGCUUGGUGUCCACCAAUGACGUCAUGGAGCAUUUGGCAUUUCAAGGAAACAUAGACUUUGCUGCCUACGACCAAGGCGCAUUUUGUUGUGUUUAUUCAUUGCCUGUGGAACAAUGUUUACCAUCGGUGAAUCAAACAGAUUUCCCCAUGCAAAUGACACACAUGCACAACAAGUGGCUUCAAAUCCUCGUCCAGGAAGAUUUCCACCAAAACUCCACUGGAGCGAGAAUGCUAACUUUAAAUUCAGCGUGAACAACGAAGGAGAUUAGACAUCAACAAGAAACUGCAGAGCACAGAGAACAUCGGUUAGCACAGCAAAGGCAAUGCCGACAACAAGAGACAGAGGAAAAGAGGAACAGGAGAUUGGAAUACCAGAGGCAUUCUGAUCGUUUUACACUGUGGAAAACCUAAAUUUAUUAGUUUGCCAGUUUCUCCGCCAAAAAAAAAGAUCAAAGUCUGUACUAUGGCCCGAGGUAUAAUAAUUUUCAUGCCAAAUGCACUGCUAUAUCUGUGCUUUGUUUUUGCUUUUUUUCCAAAUCCGGAGGUUGAAAUAAUGCUAAAUAUGGUUUUCAAUACACUUUUAACAAUAUGCAAAAAUGAAGAAGAAGAAAAGAAAGAACAACAUAUGGACCUUUACAACGACAUUCGCAGUUAAUCACUCAUCCAGUUCUUAACCCCGACCGACAGGGCUUUACUUGAGUGCUGUUACCAAACCGAGUUUUGCCAGGGUUGUUGUGAGAUACGUAUUUCUAGUAUGCAUCUAGGCACGAAGGGAUUCUAGCUAGAGGUACUGUUUGGGAUCAGGCAGAAAUCAUAGACUAUGUUUAGCUUGAACACAUGGAAGUCAUAGGACCAAAUGCAGCCAAUGGAAUUGUAUGACUGUAGUAAAACUAAUAUAUAGAUUUAGCCAGGGCUAAAAGCUAAGCUCCAGUUAAUAAUACGUAUAAACAAAAAAAUUGAAUCAUGUAAUGCUAAACGGAGACGACAAUAAAAAUGGCUUCAAGACUAAUAGAUCUAAUCAGCAUAAAAACAAAUUGCACAUGCGGCACUUUUUCUUUUAAUUAGCAAAAGCAAAUUUGUACGUACAGCAUGCUUUUUUGUCUUUCCCUUGCCAUUGUUUUGCACGACUACAAGACCUACAACGCUGGUUUGUACGAUUAAAACGCCAAACUUCCUAGUUACUCAUUAUUUUAUGGAAGAAUUGUCGUAUGUGUUUACCCAAUAUUUUGUUUCCUGUGUUCAUGUUCGCUUUUAUUUUUCACCACCACUCAGUUUCACCUUGCUGGCCGCUCCUUGCUGGCCACUAGCAUUUCUCAUUUUCUCACAGCCACUUUGAAUUUCCAUGUUUUUCUCCCUACGAAAUUUGUCUCCUUUGUUUUCAAUAACUCGCUCUAGCUCUUUCUCUGUUAUCCACAUUACUGUAAACAUAAAAAUAACACGGAAAAAGACACGGCUUUGUUGUUGUUUUUUCUUUCUAAAAGUCCAGGUGGCCAUGUGAUUUCCUUCCAAAUAAAACCUUGAGUCGCAUUUGGGUUGCCAUUCCUGUCGAUAAAGUUAUUUUACAUUGGUAUGCCUGUGGUGCAGACGGAUGGUUGCUUGGUGUACAGUCACGUGAUGACCAAAUUUUCUCGGAUGGGUAGAUUACCACAUUUCCUUAGCUAUGGGGCUCCGACCAUGUGCGGUGCGAAUAGGGAGCUUACAAGUCGAAGAUUUUUUGCACAAUGGCACCAAUGGAUGGCAUGACAUGCUUACUGUGAUGGUGGUGAGAGCGAUUUGCCGGUGUCUUGAAAACAGCAGGAUGUGGGGUUAGUUUUUUAAAGUUUUCUAUAGUUAAUUCACGUUUUUUUGCCACAAAAAUCCAAGUAUUAUAUUAGUUACAUGUUCUUUAUUCAUGUCUUUGACUUUUAUGUCUGUUUUCAUUCUAGUCCACCCUCUACAGCCGAAGCUUCAAUGCCAUGGCAACUCAGUGAAAGGCUGGCAAAGGCACGAAAAGGCAUGAAUGAAAAGUUGAUUGCUGUAUGGACAUCACAGAACACUGAAGUAUAAGACAUUUUCUAGUGCUCAAUGACUUGAAAGGACCAAAAGUCAUGUACCAUUUUUUUUAACCGUCAACAUCAACAGUAAGAAACACAGCCAGGAAAGCUAUAGCUAGGAAGCUCAGUCAGCUUUCAAAACAGUUUGAAAUUCAAUCAAAAGUUUAUUUCUACCUUUUUCCUGUUGUUAAGAAUGAUCUUCUAGCUACAAUCUUCGACAAAAUUCUUGAGACAAUUGAACAUUUCGAGAGCAUUUUUCUAAAAAUCAUAGCUGUACCGAUUCUUCCAUUCUCCCCUCCCCUUGGAAGUAAAGUUGUUGUGUCUUGUAAAGCAACCCUGAUCCUUGAACGUUUGUAGGAAGCAACUUGGACCUGGGGGAAGGGGAUUUGGUUCCGCAAAUCAGUUGCUUUGGAAAUAGUUUUGUUGCGUAUGGCAGUGCGCAUUAAGGGAAAAACGUUCUCAAGUAGUUUUGUCUGGGAUUGUGUUUGACUGAAAAUGUGGAUUUUGUGCUUUUAGUGCAACCUCAUUUCCAGGUUUUCUCUCCCACCUGUCGAGAGACCCUGGUUGGGUCUUGUCACUAGCCUCCCAGAAUCAGGGAGAUUACACACAAAUGAUUUCUCUGCAGACCGUUGAUGGAAAGUGUACCCAUGAAACUGUGUACCUGACCUUGUCGUAAAGGUCCUGACUAGGCAAGACAAAACUUUCAAUGCCAAAAAUAAUGCACAAAAUCAAUCAUAACGAAAUUCGGAACAUCUGGAUGUUAAUCUAUUGGGGAUGCUUUCUAUUGGCACAUGCUUGAGCAGUCAAAAAUAGUUUACUGAGUGGCAUUCUUACCUAUUGAAACGCACUGGAUUUGAAUGCUAUUUCUAUGUUGUAGUAGAGACCACAUUAGAAAACAAAUGUACAUGAAGGGCGCGAAAAAGAUGUAUGAAGCAUCGCCGUCCUCACCGACCUCACAAAUGAAUCAAAUAGCAAGGUCAAAGCAACAGGAAGAGAGAAUACGCCGCCAGGACACAGCUUGACUUUUCAAAUGAAAAGAGAUGAACAGAACCUUGAAAGAGUAUAUUUUUAUGUAUGACUCUGUCUUUCCAUUUUUUUCAUCAUCGUUUAAAAUCAACUGAUCGAAUGGCCGUAAACAUCUCUGUUAAAAUUAAUUGGCUUGCACGGCCGCUAACUAUUUGUUAGAUUUUUUGCUAUUCUGAAGGGUUUGGUAUGCUAAGCUUUAGAGGAUUUUCAGAAAUCACUGGGUUGCAUGUGUUAUUAAAGUUUUCAUAUGGACCAUGUACAAGAAAACCUUUCGCUGGAAAGAUUAUGUUGUCCGUCUUGUCUUUGUUUUUACUGCAUCAUUUCCUUUUGUCAUCUGUCGGUUUGUGCUUAUCCUUUGCAUUUGUUUGCAAACACUAUCUACCACUAAAAGUGAUACAGUUCUCUAUUGCUCAUCAUAACAAAGGUUAAUUAGGGGGUGGAGAAAGCUGACACUUCAUGAGACUGUAGCUUUCCAUAAAGUCACUAGAUCAAAAUUAUUAUUUUGCCGGUUCAGCAAAUAUGAAUUCCCUACUCCCUAAGGUGCAAAGACUGCUAAUGGUGUAGGUUUUGCAGUAUACUGAUUUGGCCCGAUUGCCAGCAGCCGCUGUCAGGCAAAAGAUAAUUUAAACUUGGUUAUCUAGUGGCAUUCCUGUCUAGGCAGAAAUUUCCCAUGGUUUCAGUUAUAGUUGUAGGGUUAGCAAAUCUAUCUUGCCCUAUCUUGGACCGUUGCGACAAAAAAAUUGAGAGACAAAGGGCGCUUGCCCUCAGAAUUAAUUUUGCUCUGGAGCCAUGUGACCAGACCCAACCAGGGACUCUCUCUCUAUCACUCCAUAAGGACGGGUAGGAUAGAAUCCUGGGAAUGAGGUUUCGUUUACUGUGCUAAUAUGAACCUGUCCUUUAUAUAGAGUACAUUCUUUAGUAACUGAGAUAAUUAAUGAACAAUUAGUGACUACAUAGAAGUUAAUGACAAGAAGAGUCUUUUGUUUCAUUUCAAGUAGUCAAUCAUUAACAUUUUUGAAGUUUCUUCCCGACCAUGGUUUUUAGGCGUGCUUGAAGUGUGGAGGAGCGGAUAUACGUUGGAUAUUUAAUGCAUGAUAAGAGUGUCUCCAUAAAGGAUAUUAGCAAGAAAGCUGGAGUUUCAGCAGCUACAAUCUAUAAGUUGAAGCAAACGAAGAUAGCAAGUUGUUUCAUAAAGAGGGGAAAAAAGGUGGACACCUGUUUGUACAGGAUAAUGACCCCGUGCAAAAUUGUGCGAGUGUACGCCAGGCUCUAAACACCUUGAAAGCAAAGCAACUGACAAUUCCUCCCUGCAGUCCGCACAUCAAUACCAUUGAAAACUCCAUGAGAGAGGAGCUAAGGCAGCAAGCACUGCAAAAAAAUAUAACACAUGAAACAUUCGGAGAAUUUUCAAAACGUGUGACAACUUCAAAGCAGUUUUUUCAUUGCUGAAAUAGACAAAACAAUCGAGUCUAUGAGUAAGUGCUUGCAGUUAAUAAAAGAAUCAAAUGGAGAUAGGACCAAAUAUUAACUAAACUCAAAUUUUUGCUUUGCAAUUUUAAUGUUUACUUUAGAGAUUGUAGUGAUGUUCAGUGCAAAAGCUACAACUAUGAACACUAGAAGUGUCAGGCAGAACAACGUGUCAAAAGGCACGUUCGCGUGACGUUUAAGACUGUAACUACUUUCCACAGGGUUCAUACAUACAUUUGACUGGAAAGAGGUUAGGACAUAAAUUCACCAUAUGUAAACCAAGAGAUAAUAAACGUGGCCACAGUGGUCUCCUAACCUCUUCCCAUUCACAAGAUCUAUGAUUGGAUUAGCUUAACAGGACAUUUGAAGGGGCUAUGAACUUUGACAACGAUUAACAACAAAUAACAAGGUUGUUUACACAAGGUCGUUUACCAGAAAAUCAUUCACUAACUUCAAUGAAGUCAUAUGAACUGUUGCAAUGUUGAGUUAAUCAAGAUAUUAUUAUGCAUGGAAUCGUCAUAAAAAGUUAGCCCACUUUUACAAACAACGUUUAUGUACCACUGGAAGUUUUGCCCAGUAUUAGUUCAGAGAAACAUUUUCCACCAAUUGGACAUUUGGAGAACAUUUUCUAACAUCCUAGAUGUACGGAUUAUUCCCUUCCCCCCUCCCCUUGGAAGCAAUUUUCUUGUGUGUUCUAAAGCAACCCUGAUCCUUGGUCAUUUGUAGGAAGCAACUUUGAUCUGGGGGAAGGAGAUUUGGUUCCGCAAAUCAGUUGUUUUGGAAAUGGUUUUGUUGCAUACGAUAGUACACAUUAACAUGUUUUGU